GUCACAUACACAGACCUUCUCUCCCUCUCUCUCCAUUCCAUUCCACCUUCCUUUCCUCUUUUCACAGCCAUUUAUGAGAUUCCUCCAAUGGCCUUUUCUCUUCCAUUGGAUUGUAUAGAUUCCGAGUUAAAAUACGCUCAUCAAUAUCUUCAAUUCCAGUUGAUUUGUGGCUAUCUAUGUGAAUUCUUUUAAAGACCAUAGAACAAAACUCUUCUGGGUCUCUAGGCUUCUGCUCUCUUUUGCAAACUAUCAUUCUGGGUUUGCUGCAGAAAAAGCCUUCAAUACCCAAUACUAUUCGCCGCAAAAGUCUUGAAGAGAAAAACUGUAGAUAUUUUCAGAAAAUUUUCGGUUUCCUUUUUUUUUUUCCCAAUAAAUUAUUUGCCCCUUUCUGUAAAUUUUCUUCCUAUUUCUUUUUCUUCACUUGAGGAAAACAUUGAGACAUGGGAAAGCAAGGUCCUUGCUAUCACUGUGGAGUUACAAGCACACCACUUUGGCGCAAUGGCCCGCCAGAGAAACCAGUAUUGUGCAAUGCGUGUGGUUCUCGAUGGAGGACAAAGGGAACACUUGCAAAUUAUACUCCAUUACAUGCUCGGACAGAAACUGAUGACUGUGAGGAUCAAAGGUUUUCAAGAGUAAAGAGCAUAUCACUAAAUAAGAACAAAGAAGUGAAAUUGUCUAAACGAAAGCAGAAUGAAGACAAUUUAUUAACUGGAGUGGCUGGUCUUGAUUACAACCAAGGAUUCCGAAAGGCGACAGAUGAAGAUACAAGCAAUAGAUCAAGUUCAGGAUCAGCCAUCUCUAACUCAGAGAGUUGUGCUCAAUUUGGUAGCACUGAUGCUAGUGAUUUGACAGGUCCUGCUCAGUCAGUUGUUUGGGAUGCUAUGGUGCCUUCAAAGAAGAGGACAUGUGUUGGUCGUCCAAAGCAAUCUUCUGUUGAGAAGCUUACAAAAGAUCUGUACACUAUUCUUCAUGAACAACAGUCUUAUUUUUCUGCAUCCUCUGAGGAGGAUCUUCUUUUUGAAAGUGAAACACCAAUGGUCUCUGUUGAGAUAGGGCAUGGAAGCGUUCUUAUUAGGCACCCAAGCUCUAUAGCUCGUGAAGAGGAGUCUGAGGCCAGCUCUCUUUCAGUUGAUCACAAACAGUGCCCAACCAGUGAGGGAUUUUCAUGUUCUGGUACCGUUCAUGUGCAUAAUGGUUAUAGUGGUGUGAAUUUUCCAUCUCUGGGGGUUCAGAAGAUCAGGAGCUCUGCUGGCCAAGGAAUGCUGCAAGAGCAACUUAAGAGGGACAAGACUCAACAUGAUAAGGUUCAAAUCCUUGGAAAUAAGUCACCACUGUGCUCGGUAGAUUUAAAUGAUGUCAUUAACUAUGAUGAAUUUAUGGGGACCUUGACAAACGAAGAGCAGCAACAGUUACUCCAGUGUCUCACUGCAGUUGAUACUACUAAACUUCCUGAUAGCCUGGAAAGCAUGUUUAGCAGCUCCCAAUUCAAGGAGAACUUGAAUUAUUUUCAGCAGCUUCUCGCAGAAGGUGUCUUUGAUAUCUCCUUAUCAGGGACUAAACCUGAAGACUGCAAGACUUUGAAAAGGCUUGCAUUAUCCAAUCUGUCAAAAUCUAAAUGGGUGGAACAUUAUAACUUACUUAAGAAAAAUAGGAACAGAGCUGGAAAAUCUGUUGCUUCGGGUUAUUCCGGCACUUCAUUUAGUAAUGCUGCAAAUGUCAAGAGAUAUCAUGACAGCCAAAGUAAAACUUUAUCAGAAUUGAAGACCACAAUGAGGAGUCCUAAAAGGGUGAUGAUGAAGGUUGGCUGUGAGGCCAAGGAAGCUGAAGACUAUGGUUCUUGUUUCAGUCCAAAAAGCCUAUUUGCUUUACCUUCUGAUGGUGAGGCCCUUAUGCUGGACUCUUUCACUUUUGUUGAGGAGAGUGGUGAUCAGGAUCUGCUGCUAGAGGUACCAUCCAAUGGUUCUUUUCCAGAGGCAGAGCUUUUGCACCCAACUUUAAGCUUUGGUGCUCAAGCCAGCACCGGUAGUAGUUCAAUAUACCCUCAUAUUGUUCGUCCCUGAUAAACAUUACCAGGCUGCUUUGAUGGCUAUGGCCUGAGUCUUCUGUAGUGAUUAAGGUCUGCAUGUUUUGGACAAGAGAUAUGGUGGUUGCCCAUUUGUUGCCAUGUUGAGCUUGGAACGGCAAAGAAGGGAUGAAAUAUGGGAGGGCCUUUUUGUAUAGGUUGGUAACUACAGAUUGUAACAUAUAACAUGAAAUGCGGAGUCACCAUUCGCAGAGUUUUGUAUGAAGUUUUCUUUUGUGAAUAAUUUCGAUACCUCUCAACAGGACUGGUCCUUAUUACGAGGAAGUGGGGUGAUUGGUGAUCCUGAUCCAUGACUGCCCAUUUGA